GCGACGAGGUUGCUCUAUAGAAAACAAAAAAAAAGCGAUGAUAUGGAUUUUCAUAUUCUGCCUUACCGAUGAAGUUUCGCGUAGAGCUGUGUGAUAUUGUCGCUCAGAGCAUGGCUUUGAGCAACACGAUUAACGGAAAAGUGUGAAAUAGAAUUUGCAUCGGCGGAACUUGGCAGCCACUGUAUGGCAUAGCAGUACCAGCUCCACAGCUCCAUUGCCAUAGAUAUUGUGGUGUUGUAAAGUAGUGGAAACAUUCGUGUGCAAGAUUGGUUUGAUGUGUUUGAAUAAGAAAGAUAGUCAGUGUGUACGCGAACGAAAUAGUGUGUGUGAGUGUGUGUGUGUGUGUGUGUGAGAAAGAGAGGUGCUUCGAGGGAAAAGGCACAUCGUUCGUAAGUUUGUAUCAAAUAGAUAGUGCAAACAAAUCGCGAUCAUGCACAAAGGUGCUACAACGGAUGAACCACAUGGAACGUCACGGCAAGGGCACGGUCGGCAGUCCAAGGCAGGCGUCCCAAUCGAGAAAGAGAAUAUCCCCUUUGUCGAUUCGGAUCACGAAGACGAAUGCUUUGACGACGGCGGCGAUCGUUUGGCAGCCGCGAUCAGUAGUAGAUCGACAGUUGACCAAGAGUACGACAUUAUGACGGAAAGCCAGGAGAAUCUCGCUCGAGCCUAUAUUACUGGCCGCAACGCAGCUGGUCCCAGCCUUGCCGAAAGAAGAAUGCAGGAAAAGCUAACAGUUUCCAUCGACACCAGCAGUAAUGAUGGGGAUUUGAUCGAAGAGGCCAGGGACAAAGCUACGGAGCUGAAACUGAUCGACGAACGAGCUAGAGGUUUGCGUCGAAACUCCAUUUCCUUACCAAGCCUGAAUGUGAAUGAGCUGGAAGUACUGAGAUCAGCGCAUGAAUGUGAAAAUGGUUCAAAAAUAUCGGUCAUGGAAUCUGGAUCAGAUUCUCUGUCGGACGGAACUACGGUUACCCCAGAAACUCCUACUACACCAGCAAACCUCAAACCAAUGCUACAGUUUAAUGAUGAUAGCAGUAGCGACGAGGACGAUAAACGCCGUAGCAAAAACCUCUUCCGGACUAAACGACGCUCCUCGAUUGCACCACUGCCCGCCUUGAGAUUAAACGACAAGGAGAUGAUGUCGAACGACUUCGAUACGCACAGCGUGCUAAGCAAUCAGGCUUCGAUCACCAGCGUAAACUCAUUGGCCAGCUUGCUGAAGGAAAAAAUGCAGAACGUACCUGCUAUCAUUCGCAAGAAAAAGCGCGAAACUAAAGACUACAAGCUUCGCGUGUUUGUCGGGAUGUUAUUCCUUAUCAUAGUAUUUCUGGUUGGCUAUGCGUACGUUAUGUACAACCAGAAGCUGUUGGCCAAGUCGUACUUCGAGAGCAUUAAGUUUCACAAGAAAACUAGGAACUUUCGACUGCUGGAUGGGAAAGGGGGCGAGCUGUUAACGGGGGUGUUGGGAACAUCGCUGAAUAUCGAGCAGCCGUACAACUGCUUGCCGAAGGAUCUGAAGGACGAUGGCAGUGUUUGUUAUGAGUGGAACUCAAAGGCGAGACUUUACAUGAAUCUAGCCAAAUCGCCAGGACCGGACAUCAAAUGCUACUCCUUUCAGUGGGAGUCUUUGCUAGCUGAUCUCUACCCGACGGACUGUUUCGAUGUUUCCGAGGAGCGUGGGUUCUGGUAUGGCGGAGGAUUGACCAAGGGCAUUGAAUACAUUCUCGGGAAAGCAACGAUUCCUGCCGGACCGUUCGUGACCGGUGACAUCAACAUGCAUCAGUGGGGCAACGCACUGAAGCGAUAUUUUCUAAACUCACGCGGAGUUGCCAUUCAAGUGGACGAGAAGACGCCUCUAUACGUAAGCGUAAACACCGAUUCCGGCAAACGGCUGUGUUUGCAGGGCAAAAACGACAAAUUUGCCUUUGUAAAUCAGCAGACGCGCUUCCCAGAGUUGAAGUACACCGUUUGCUCGGGACCGGACAUGAAAACGCUUCACAACGGGCUGAUGCAGAAAAGCCUGUGGGAUGGAUUGACUGAGCGGGAUAAUGACGUGAUAAAGUCUCUGCUACGCGAACCAGUAUGGCAGAUACCGGCCUCAAAGCAGGAAGAUCUCACCGAGGUGGCCAUCUACAAUUACACGGAAAGCAUCAUUGCGCUCGGAUAUCUGCGGCUAGGGCAUGUGCUUGUGAACGAGUUUUGGCAGCGCACGAUUGGCGAUUUCCGGCUGGAUUCGGAGCGUUUCCCCACGCUGGACGAAACCGUCAACAUACUUCACCGGCGAGGCUUCCGCGUUUCGUUUAUGAUUCAGCCGUUCAUCAGUACCGAAAGUAGCAACUUCCGGGAAGCGGUCGCCAAAAAGCUGCUUAUAUUUGAACGCGAAUCGGAAAGAAGCAUCCCGGCACUCACGCGUUACAAGAGCACUACGAGCGCCGGUGUGUUGGACGUAACCAAUAAUGCCUCCAUACCGUGGCUGGCCGAGCAGCUGAAAAAGAUAUCGGAAACGGUAGAGAUAGACUCCUAUUUUGUGGACUUUGGCACUGCGUUCAACAUUCCACGCUACUAUCAAUGCUCCCAGACGCUUGUCAAUCCGGACGAGUACAAAAACUACUUCAUGGAGCGCUUUGAAGGCACGCUGAGCAUCUUUGGUGUGUCGAGUGCCAUAUCCGUGCCACGUCCGCCAGCGUUUCUUAGUCUACCGCCAGUGAAUAGCUCGUGGAGUGGACUGCAAAGCAUAAUUCCUACGAUGCUUUCCUACGGCAUUAUAGGCUUUCCGUUCUUAAUGCCCGGACCCGUCGGUGGAGACUUUGUGCUGCCUACGCAGCAAUUAAAGAAAAUGUAUUCAUACUACUCCUUCGAGCUGCCACCACUGCCUGAUAAGGAGCUGUACAUCCGAUGGCUUCAGCUUGCCACGUUUCUGCCCGUGUUGCGUUUCACUCACCUACCGUCGGAAUAUAGAGAUGAAACGGUAACGGUAAUUGCGAAAGAAUUGGCCGACAUUCGGCAGAGAGUGCUUCCCUUGCUGGAGCGUUUUUCGAGCAUCGCCAUGGACGAAGGAUUGCCGAUCAUCCGCCCGCUUUGGAUGCUGGAUUCGACCGAUGUGAACUGUUUUUCGAUCGACGAUGAAUUUUCCAUUGGCGAUGGAAUGAUUGUGGCUCCCGUGCUCAAAAAAGGAGAAACGGUUCGUGAAGUUUAUUUACCACAGGGCGUUUGGAAGGAUGGCAUCGAUGAGUCAUUGCGGAAGGGAAGCCGAUGGAUACACAACUAUCACGUGCCGCAGAAUAAAGUAGCGUAUUUCAUAAAAAUGCCCGAUAAUACGCGUUUCUAGCUGCAGCGCUAGCCUACAUUUCUCCUCUGUCCAGAGCACGCAAAAGGCAGAUAAAUCAGAAGUAUACUAUUUAUUCUAUAAAAUAAAGAUUUAUUAAAUACAAA